GUGGUUUGGAAUGUUUGUUAUGAAAUUUCGCACAACGGAGUUUAGAAAUUAAUUAAAUUUUGAUUCGGAUUAGGUGUUUAGGAUUAGAUUUUGAAUAGAUAGAUUAUCAUCCGACCUCUGCACACGAGACUAAUGUAUAUAAGUCACUCUACAUAAAAGUGUUUCUAAUUUAUAUUUUAGUAGAUUUUGAGUUAAACUCUAAAGUAUGAUACUAAUGUUAUUAGUAUCAUACUUUAUUAUUACUUUAGUAUUAGUAUCGUUUGUUAAGAGAUUGAUAAGGUAAAUUUAGCCGGGUUAAAUCAGUUGAUGCUCUUAUUUUUUACUUGCCAGAAUUCGUCCGAAUGGCUGCAUCCGAUGCUGCAUCCCGGAAAGCAGAGUUCAUCAUAGCGGACAAGUAUAGAUUAGUAAGGAAAAUUGGGUCUGGAUCCUUUGGGGAUAUCUACUAUGCAAAGAGCAUUAGUGGAGACGAGGAAGUUGCCGUUAAAAUGGAGAAUAUUCGUGCGAAGCAUCCACAACUCUUGUACGAAAGUAAAGUCUGUAAACUUUUGAAAGCACAUGGAAUUCCUGAGGUUAAGUGGUUCGGUACCGUAAAUGACUACAAUGUUCUUGUGAUGCAAUUACUCGGACCUUCACUGGAAGAUUUAUUCAAUUACUCUCACCGUCAGUUUACCCUAAAAACGGUUCUCCACCUCGCCGACCAAAUGAUCCAGCGCGUUGAAACGGUUCACAAUAAGGGUUUUAUUCAUCGAGAUAUCAAACCGGACAACUUUCUCAUGGGGUCGGGCAACGAAACAUCCAAAGUGUUUAUUAUCGACUUUGGCUUGUCCAAAAAGUUUCGUGAUUCUAGGACAAGAGGUCACAUUCCUUUUAGGACCGACAAGAGUCUGACCGGCACAGCAAGAUAUGCCUCCAUCAAUGCUCACAAAGGACAUGAACAGAGCCGACGAGACGAUUUGGAGUCACUAGGAUUUAUCUUAAUGUACUUUCUUAAAGGCACUUUACCGUGGCAAGGACUCAAAGCUACUACCAAGAAACAAAAAUAUGAAAAGAUUAAAGAUGUCAAAAUUGGUACAAAAAUUGAGGAUCUUUGCAAGGGCUUCCCCCAUGAGUUCGCAGACUACUUAAUCUACUGUCGCAAUUUGGAGUUUGAAGAGACGCCCAACUACAGCUACUUACGAAAACUAUUUCGGCAGCUAUACCGUCGUAAUUUCAACUACUACGAUUAUGAAUUUGACUGGAAAAAUGUCCAACUCCUCAAAGAACGAGAACUUGCAAAUGCUGAAAGUGCGUAUGAAAAUGGUGAACGCGAGAUGCAAAAGAGACGCGAAACUAAUACUACGAAGGAACGACCCAGAGCAAACGACGAACUUCAAGCGUACGGAAGAGAGAAAAGUUUCGCCACAACGAGGGGGGCUGACUUCAAAAGUGAUCGAAGUCCUUUGGAGAGAAAACGGGAGAAACUUGAGGCACGAGCUGCUCCGGUAGAGAAAACUACUGCAAACGUGAGAAGAAGUCGUCGCCGAUAAGUUGAAGAUGAUAUAAUUACAAACCCUCCCAUCAUACAUAGUUGUCAUUUCGUAUGAAACAGUUCAUUCAAAAUUGUUGAUCUUUAAAUGUACUGAUCUUACUACUAAUCUUAAACACAAUUCAUUUAAUGGGAAUUUGUACUACUGCCCACCUGUAAAUUACAGUAUUAAAGAAAUAUUGUAAUCCUCAUA